AUGCCAGAGCCGGCUAAAUCCUUCCUGGCUGGCAUGGGCGGCGGCGGUCGUAGAGGCGGUCUCGAGGAUGGCGGGCAGCUCUGUUUCAUGAGGUCGCGACCCGGAAACGGUGUAAUUCCGGCCCUUUGCGUAAAGAGCCGCCGCAACCUCGGCAGCUCUACGGAGAGUGAUGCAGACCCGCAGGCCGCGUUGUUCCCUUUCGCUUCCCUGAUCUACGGAGAAUGUAAGAACAAGUUAUAUCCAGAUAAUCUUCCUCGCACCAGUGUGGUCAUUGUGUUUCACAAUGAGGCGUGGAGCACACUGCUGCGUACAGUCCUUUCAGUCAUCGACCGCUCGCCCCACACACUGCUGGAGGAGAUAGUCCUGGUGGACGAUGACAGCGAAAGAGAUUUCCUGAAACGUCCAUUGGAGCAGUAUGUCAAAAGGUUGGAGGUUCCAGUCAGGGUAGUUAGGAUGGAGCAGAGGUCCGGACUCAUCCGCGCUCGCCUCAAAGGAGCGUCCAUCUCCACUGGGCAGGUCAUCACCUUCCUGGACGCUCACUGCGAGUGCACAACAGGCUGGCUAGAGCCUCUGCUUGCCCGCAUCAAGUUAGACAAGAAGACGGUGGUGUGCCCCAUCAUCGACGUGAUCAGCGACGACACGUUUGAGUACAUGGCCGGCUCCGACAUGACUUACGGGGGCUUCAACUGGAAGCUGAACUUCCGCUGGUACCCUGUGCCCCAGAGAGAGAUGGACCGCCGCAAGGGGGACCGCACUCUGCCAGUCAGGACCCCAACCAUGGCAGGCGGCCUGUUCUCCAUAGACAGAGAUUACUUCCAGGAGAUUGGCACGUACGACGCUGGCAUGGACAUCUGGGGGGGCGAGAACUUGGAGAUCUCUUUUCGGAUCUGGCAGUGCGGCGGGACCCUGGAGAUUGUAACAUGCUCUCAUGUGGGUCACGUGUUCAGAAAGGCCACACCCUACACGUUUCCUGGGGGUACAGGGCAGAUCAUCAACAAAAACAACCGUCGCCUCGCCGAAGUCUGGAUGGAUGAGUUCAAGAAUUUCUUCUACAUCAUUUCUCCUGGCGUGACCAAAGUGGAUUAUGGUGACAUCACGUCUCGCUCCUCCCUGAGACAGAAGCUCCAAUGUAAACCCUUCAGCUGGUACCUCGAGAACGUCUACCCUGACUCUCAGAUCCCUCGGCAUUAUUAUUCUCUAGGAGAGAUUCGAAACGUGGAGACUAACCAGUGCUUGGACAACAUGGCCCGCAAAGAGAACGAGAAGGUCGGCAUCUUCAACUGCCAUGGCAUGGGAGGCAACCAGGUGUUUUCCUACACGGCCAACAAGGAGAUCAGGACAGACGACCUGUGCCUGGAUGUGUCCAAGCUGAACGGACCCGUCAUGAUGCUCAAGUGUCACCACCUGAAAGGCAACCAGCUGUGGGAUUACGACCCUGUGAAGCUGACUCUGGUCCACGUCAACAGUAACCAGUGUCUGGACAAGGCCAACGAGGAGGACAGCCAGGUGCCCAGCGUCAGAGACUGCACACACUCGCGCUCCCAGCAGUGGCUGCUCCGCAACGUCACACUACCGGAGAUAUUCUGACCGACAACCCCAGCAUCAACACAUACACACACACAUCCACACACACACUCACACAUUCAGCAGCCGAGAGAACGGGGCUCGUUGGAUAAAACUGGGCACCAGGAAAGUGCAGACUUUCCCUGAAAAAGACGUGGGGACCCUGGGAAACGAGGAGGCUGGGAUGGGACGGUACUACCUCUGGAAGUCUGUGCGCUGUCCCGUCAGCUGGGCAGAGCGGAGAGGUUGCGGAGGGACGGACGUGUUUGGCCCCUACCACAGGACGAGAGGCUAGAGACUCGGCUGUGUUUCUAAAUGAGAUUUUAACCGCAGAGAGAGACUCGAACUCCCGUGUCGGCGCGAGGUUGCGAGAGACACCGGAGGAGGCGAGGUUCUGUCAGUCGCAGCUUCCCCAGACAAAGCGGUCCACCCUUCGACUCAUCACUUACACUAACGGACUGCCUCCCGAGAGAGCGAGAGCGUUUACAUGUCUCCUGGAAUGUAUGUCGUGUGUCCGAGUAUGAGGAGGGGGCGACUCCUCGAUACUUUUCUUCUUUAUUUAAUUUUGUAACGGAUUUUGGAAACGAACUCUGGUGAGCUCACAUGAAGAAAGGAGCGUUUGAGCGCGAGUAUGUGUGCGCGUGUGUAUGUAUGUGCGCGCGCGCCAGAUAAAGCGAGCGAGUGUCGCGUACGGCUGCGAGAGCCCCUGCCGCAGCCUUGCAGCAGUGUAUGUCUCCCUCUAGUGUUUCUCCUCAACAUUACAACCUACAGACUGUAGCCUCCCCCCCCCCCCUUAUUAGAGGAAUAUCAAAAUACUCCAUAGAGGGCGCUGACAGGAUUCCUGUGCCCUCAGCAGAGAGACAGACAUAGAGCUUAUUGAUGUUUGUGAUAUCAUGAAAUUUCUACGUCCCGUUUCUUUUUCUUUUUUUUUUACAUGGUUUUGUCUGGUUUUACAGUGCUGUUAGAGUGCCACGCAGCAUUAACCCUUGUCCAUUAUGUCUGAUUCAGUUGUCUUUAAAGAUGUGUAAAAUACAGCUCGCACACACACACACACACACACAGGACUGCAUAUCUAACUGAUGCUUACUGCCUAACAGUGUUGAACACAAGGAACUCUUCCAUAAGGCGCUACAAUGCUACACACAGACACAAUGUAUACAUUUAGCAACACACAAACACUCAGACAAAAUGUAUACAUUUUUCAACACACAAACACUCACACAGACAAAAUGUAUACAUUAGCAACACACACAGACACAAUGUAUACAUUUAGCAACACAUAAACACUCACACAGACACAAUGUAUACAUUUAGCAACACACACAGACACAAUGUAU